UGAAGAGGAAGAAGCGUGUUUUUCUCUCGGAUCCACGAUGGCGGCGGCCAGAAAACCAAAACGUGUGGCUGCUUCACAACCUGGAUUUCUCACUUUAAAAUCAUCGACAAACCCCACAGGCUUGUACAGCAGCAAGAGAAAACGCGUUAACAAAAAUAAGAAAAAGAACUGGAACAAGCACAGUGAUAUUAACGAUGUAGAGGACUUUUUGGAAGACAUAAGGCACCAGGAGAGGACCACCGGUGGUCUGCUCGCUGAGAAGUCAGAUGACACCUUGUUUUUUGUGGACCUCGGACAACCAAAGAAAACAGAAGAGAAAGCACCAGAGCCUGAAGUAGGAAAGAAAAGGAAAGGCAAAUCUUCACGUCCACUGAGAAUAGAUCUAAUCCUGCAACAUGACUCCCUCGUCCCACCACCAAAAGAUGUCUUGGCCUACCAACAACCCAAUGCUAAAAAGCUCCGGCGCAGUGCCCAGUUAGCAGCCAAAGGAGUGGCUCCACGAAGACAGAAGCUGCUCCUGAACAGACGAAGUGCAGCGCCAACGAGCAAAAAGGCAGUAACAGAGGCCAACAACAACCCCAACAGAGACUACUACGACCUAUGGGAGCAAGAGACCAAAGAUACUGCAGACCCGUGGUAUCUCCAACAAACUAAAAAGAUGCGAGUAAAGCGUCCGGAGAAGCUGAAUGCAAAGCCCUCUGUGCUUCCUGCUGUGGAGGUCAUUGCUCCUGGAGGAUCUUAUAACCCUGACUUCUUUGCACAUCAGUCAUUACUACAAGAGGCCCAUGAAAUAGAAGUUGUAAAACAGAAGGAAGAGCAGAAAAUUGAACGGCAACUGGCGUACAACAAAGAAGACGCUGCUACUGAGGAGACGACGUUUCAUGAGCAGGUGCAGGGCCUGGUGGAGGAUGAGGACGAUGAUGAAGAUUUGGCCUCAGACGUCGAUGAAGAGGAGGAGGACGAGGGGGCGGUCGGAGCCAUUGCGGUCGCUCAGAAGAAAACUGAGAGGCAGAGGAAGAGAGAGAGGGCGGAGAAAGUCAAGGAGCAGCGGCGGUUAGCUGAGAAACAGGAAGUGGAGAAGAAGCAGCAGCUCUUCCAACUCCGAACGAUAAAAACCUCCAUCAAAAAACAAGACCAGAAAACAAAGGAAAAACAGACCAAACGCAAAGCAAAACAAGAGGCCCAGAAAGCACAGCCUAGACGCCUCGGGCGACUCAAAUUCCAGCCACAGGACAUGGAGGUCCAGUUGAGUGAUGAGUUGGCCGAUUCCCUUCGACGACUCAAGCCAGAGGGCAGCGUGCUCAAGGACCGCUUCAAGAGUCUCCAGAAGAGAAACCUGAUUGAACCAAGAGAAAGAGCCAAGUUCAAGAGGAGACAUAAAGUCAAGUAUGUGGAGAAGAGGGCUUUUAGAGAAAUCAGCUAAAGAUGGACAGCUUUUAACCAUCAAAUGCAACCCAAUGGAGCUGUGUAUAUAUGUACUGAAGACCUUUUGACCCUUGGAAACCACAACUGCCUUCAAGUUAACACAAAGAUGGCGCUGGAAAAAACAUGUUAAUUGUAGGUGAUAAAUAAUUAAACAUGGUCCGUUCA